AUGGCUCCCCGUCAGCCGUUCUCCCUCACAGCCAUCCUCAUUGUGGGUCUUGCCCUCCGUAACUUCUGUACGGCCGAAUCCAAUGCCACACUUGUCGCUGCUCAGUCCGUGUCCUCCAACUCGACAACUGCGGGGGCGUCUCUCUUCCCCGCAGAGACUCUGCAGCUGACAGAUGCAGUGCUGGCCAACAUCAGCUCCACCAUUCGAACCAGACCCAGCUCUUUGCGUUUGACGAUAAUCUAUGGCCGUCCAAGUGGAACCUGGGAGCUGUUUGACCUACUUCUGGGCGGUGCACUUGUCAAAACCGUCCCUCUGGCUGCUUCUUGUUAUUCCUCAUGGCCCGAGUACGAUGCGGUGGAAUGUGAGACCGUCAAGUCACAUUGGACCAACUCGUACAUGCAAACCUGUCUGCCUACUGACGACCCCUCUGGCAACUGCACAGUUGGUGGUUACAGCAGUUACGCGGUCAAUGUGAGCAAUGUGGCUCAGAUCCAGCUGGCUGUCAACUUUGCGCGCAACACUGGCAUCCGUCUGGUCGUCAAGAACACCGGCCACGACUUCAACGGCAAGUCCACCGGUGCCGGUGCCCUGGGCAUCUGGACCCACAACCUCAAAGAUAUUGAGUACAUUGAAAACUACAAAAGCUCUCGCUACAGCGGUCCCGCUGUCAAGAUGGGGGCCGGGGUUCAGGCGUUUGAGAUCUACAGCAAGGCUAAGAAAUUCGGGUUCACUGCCGUUGGUGGCGAAGGCAAGACUGUUGGCGUGGCCGGUGGGUACGUCCUCGGUGGUGGUCACUCCCCCUUGUCCAGCAUCUACGGCUUGGCUGCGGACCAAGUCCUGGCCCUGGAGGUGGUUCUUGCCAAUGGUCGCUUCGUCACCGUGACCGAGGAGACUGAUCCCGACCUGUUCUGGGCUUUGCGUGGAGGUGGUGGAGGCACCUAUGGUGUGGUCACCUCUAUCAUUUCGCGCGUCCACCCCAAGGUCGGCGCCACCGUGUCGACCGGUUCAUUCUCGACUGGCACCAACGUCUCCGUCGACGCGUUCUGGGCAGGCGUGCGCGCCUACUUUGACCGGUUGGCCGUCAACGCUGACGCAGGCACCUACGCCUAUUUCUGGGUCAUGGCCACAGGGACCGAGUCCUUCAUGUUCCUGAUGAACCCCUACUUCGCCGUCAACCACACCGUCGCGGAGUUCAACUCUCUUAUGAGGCCCUGGUACGACCAGCUCGAGGAGCUCGGUAUCACCUAUACCCCCAAUUCGACCUACUACGACAACUUCUACGACGCCUGGCAGGCCGGCUUCCCCCUGGAGACGGUCGCCUCGUCGACGAUGAUGACCGGCUCGCGGCUCUUCCCCCGUGCGAACUGGGAGAACGCCGCUCUCCUCAACACCACCUUUGAAACGCUCAAGUCCACCGUCGAGGCUGGAUUUCCCCUGCUCGCCUUCAACCUCAAAGCCGAGCUGCCGGACGGCUACCCGGCCAGCUCUGCGAACCCGGCCUUCCGCAACGCCCUCCUGCACGCCAUCACCUCGACCAGCUGGGCCAGCAAUGCCACCAACGCGGAGAUUCUGGAUACCAUGAAUUACUUCAGCAACCAUGUGCUGGGCCAAUGGCGAGCUACCUGCCCUGAUGCAGGCGCCUACAUGUCGGAGGCGGACAUCCUCGAGCCAAUCUUCCAGCAGGCGUUUUAUGGCGAGAACUAUGCGCGGCUGUAUACGCUGAAGCAGCGGUAUGAUCCGUUUGGAUUGUUCUAUGCCCCUACUGCUGUGGGGAGUGAGGAUGGGCUGCCAGAUCAGAAUGGUCGGUUAUGCCGGGUUUAA